AUGGAGAAGAAGUUGUCAAAGAGGUUUGAAAUAGGGAGGCAUUGGAAACUAAGUCAGUCAACUGAUGAAAUCUAUGAGGUUUCUACAGAGGAUAGCAACAUUUUGUUUCGUUGCUUCCCGUGUUCUCAUGCCAUUCAAGUUAUGAAUAAGGCAAACCAUAUACUAUAUGGUUACAUUGAAAAUUAUUGGAAGAUAGAAUUUUACAAGAGUGCACAUCAGCAUCCUAUAUAUCCUCUAUCGGAUCUUGAUAAGCCGAAUCCUAGCAGCUUUGGUGAUUCAACUAUGCAACCACCUAUUACUCGAGUACCAGCUGGAAGACCAAGGACAAGGAGGAUUUGUUCGUUUGGGGAAGAGGCCAGACCGAUGCAAUGCGAACGUUGUAAGAAAAUGGUCACCACAACAGCAGGUCAUGCACUUUUGUUAUCUGAGCAGUAG